AUAAUCAUUAAUCCUAUCGUCAUCCACCUUGGCGUUGCCAUAUUUGUAGACUUACUAGAUGAUCGAGACAAUUACGGCAGAAUCCCAAAAUAUCAAUCUCAUAAUUUGCAGGACUUACAAAUAUCAAAUUCGCGAAUAUUCGAAGGCAGUCAACGAUGGGUUCUUCCGAAAACGAUAGCGCAGCGGCGCCGUCCGAAGUGCUAGAGACAAUUCAACUAGAACACGUGCCUUCGACUCACACAGUUCACGUCGCUGUCUUCAAGGACGUUACCAACGCAGAAUUUCUACACCAACAGCUAUUAAGUCGAAACUCCGAAUAUGAAUAUGCCUUCAUAGAUGCUACUUCUGUAACUUCACGGCUCCAAGUCCUAGCCGCCGUCUUCAAAGCGAUAACAAUACAACUGAGUGGUAAUAUGAAAACGCCCAAUAUCCAUUCUGAGAUCGUAUGCUCGCUAAGCCCGAAUAAAAACAUCUCCGAAGCGUACCGCCGCUUCGGCAUAACACCCACAAGCAGACACCUAAUCAUCGUAAAAGUGCUCAUAUCACCACCCUCCACACUAACCCCCACCACCAUAUCCCAACAUCUCCUCACCAAUGUCAGCGGCACACCUAUCCCGUUUACGGAUUCAAUUCUACAAUCAGACCUCACGGACUGGGGCAAGGUGCGCAAGUAUUAUAAGUUGAAUGGGGUGAAUUGGUUGGAUAGCGUUAAAGAUGAGGCGCAGAGGAGGAAGGAGACGGAGAUGCUUGUUUUGGGUGGUAUGGCGUUGCGGGGUUUAUGAGUCGUCAUAUAUUCGCGGUGAAUAUGGCCUGAAAUAUGCUAGUGGAUGAAUGGGACCGAUACAAGGAAAAAGAAUUAUGA